AUGACGCGCUUCGAAAGUUCCGCCCCUCCAUUGGACUUCGUGAAUGUUGACUUCCUCAUGUUGCCUCAAAACUGCGCCCGCUCCGGUUCCAAGCUGCCCGCGUAUGGAGCCGGUCGUUCCGGAUUCCUCAUGCCUUCAUGUGACUUCGUGAACUUGGGCAGUUCGUCGUUUGUGAGAAACCCUGCAAGCCCAGGCUUCAGAUUUUUGCUAUUCAGCUCUUCCAGGUCCGAGUCCUUCCCGCCUGUCGCAGACUUUGCUCUCUUCGGCUCUCUGAUGCCGACCCGCUGCUACGUCAGAUCUGGUGAGCACAUCUCCGUGGCAGGCAUCGCCCGCCCAGCCUCGGCAACCAAUAUGGACGAGCAAGCAUUGCUGGGCAGCUCGCCGUUUGUAAGUGCUCACACCCGCAUGGACCUGGUGCUGCCUAUCUCCGGCAUCGGUGUAUUUGGCUUGAGAUCCUUUGCUUGCACCGGUCCGGCUUCCCUGCUCUUUGGCAUUGCCCAGUCCAGCCCUCCUCUGUCAGUGCCGGACUUCUCACGGUCGAGCCUUUCUGUUCAAAGCCUGGGCCGGUGUGGGCUGUUGCUGUUCUUGUUUGGUCUUGGUUGGCCUGACCCAUCUUUGCCAGCGUUUGACUGUGCGAGCCUAGAGUUGAUCCUGCCGCUGCAAUCCUGCACCCGAGCGGAGCCCGUCCUGUUUGCCUUUGGUCUGGGCAACUUUGGAUCGCUCACGCUUGCCUUCGACCUUCUCCACCUAGACUUACCACCCCUUCUGCGCAGCUUCUCGCAAACAGAGCUUGCGGCGCCUGCGUUUGGAAUGGGGAAGGUGGACUUGUUGCUUCCCGUCCCGGACAUGAGUGGACUCGACCUGUUUCUUUUCGUGCGUAGCUUGGCUUACAUGGGCUUCUCGGCCUCGUCGUUUGGAUUUGGCUGCCUGGACAGUCCCCUGUCUGCUUCUGACUGCAGCCACCCGGAGCCAGCGCUUCUCGCUCGAAGCCCGGCAUGUUUGGGUCCCGCUGUGCUGCCGUUCGGGCUGGGACGCGCAGGCUCUGCUACGUCUGCAUCUGACCUCUUGCACUCAGACCUCGCGCUGCUGCCUC